AUCUUGAACCAAAUCCAAAUUCCUCAAUUUCGUACUUUCUCCAGAACUCUCAACCGCCGUCCGAUUCUAUCGACCGCCAGCUACAAUGUCGAGAAGAUACGAUUCCCGAACAACCAUCUUCUCCCCGGACGGCCGUCUGUACCAGGUUGAAUAUGCGCUCGAAGCUAUCUCCCAUGCCGGGACUGCUAUCGGCAUCCUGGCCAAGGACGGCAUCGUGCUUGCAGCCGAGCGCAAAGUCACCUCGAAGCUCCUUGAGCAAGAUACAUCAGCCGAGAAGCUCUACAUCCUCAAUGACAACAUGAUCUGUGCCGUCGCCGGCAUGACGGCCGACGCCAACAUCCUCAUCAACUACGCUCGACAGGCCGCCCAACGAUACCUCCUCACGUAUAACGAAGACAUUCCCUGCGAGCAGCUGGUGCGCCGGCUCUGUGACCUGAAGCAAGGCUACACACAACACGGUGGUCUGCGGCCGUUUGGUGUCUCCUUCAUUUACGCCGGAUGGGACCCGCAACGCCAGUUCCAGCUGUACCUCAGCAACCCUUCGGGAAACUACGGCGGGUGGAAGGCGACGAGCUCGGGCGCGAACCACGCCAGUGCGCAGAGCUUGCUGAAGCAAGAUUACAAGGAGGACUGCACAUUGAAGGAAGCUUGCGGCAUGGCCGUUAAGGUUCUGAGCAAGACCAUGGACUCGACGAAGCUCAGCAGUGAAAAGAUCGAGUUUGCGACAGUGGGCCAGACCAAGGAUGGCAAGAUCUACCACAGACUAUGGAACGCGGAAGAGAUUACAGCGCUAUUGAAGGAGCAUGACCUGGCCAAGGACGAAACGACGGAGGAUAAGUAGGCUAGGGACUAUAGAUGGGACAGGAAAAUGGGACUGCAGAUAGGACUGCCUCCCAGCGCUGCAUUGUACCAAUAGAGGGCCGAUACUCAUGUGAAUGGACCAUAACUCCUUGCGCUGUGCUCUCCCAGCCUGAUACCCAAAAUGCGCCAUAACUCCAAGCAGAGAAACCAUACACACAAUUACUUACUA